CAGAUCUAGUAAAUAAUUAAAAGUCGAAAAAUGUUUCCAAACACAGAUUUCUUAGGUUAUGUAGUGAAUUUUUCACACCGAAGCGAAGAACGGCGAGAUUUAAAAACUUUUUAGGACUUUCCAAAUUGGAAACUGGAAACCAGACUGGAAAUUAGUUGGAAAACGGGGAAAGCUAAUAUACAUAGCAGGCAGAGCAUUUUUCAAAAGCUGACUAAAGGUCUUAGUACAAAAGUAAUAUAGAGUGGGGAUAACAACUUUUUCUAAUCACCACGGCUCGUGUGAUAAGAGUGUUGAAUGGAAUAUGUACAUGAUUAAAAUACUCUCUACUUAUAUUUAGUAUCGCAUUGACUUUGGAAUUGGUAUAAAUAAAUUGUGAAACUCUCUGGAAAAAUGUCGAUAUAUUCCAUCAUUUCCUGUGCUAAAUGUCUGCUAGAAUGGAUAAUUCGUGGAUAUUUGUGGACUCUGGCAAUUUCUUUGGGAAUAUUUAUUAUUCUAGCUAUAGUAGCUAAUCUCGGUGGUCAAAGAAGCAAGUACAGAUUUCUUGCCAAAUUUGCCAUGAUAUAUUUUGCAACAAUAAUGGGGACUACUCUGCUCACCCCAGUUUUUCUUCUUCGUCCACGAAAUGUAAUUAACUGCAAAAUUGUUGGAUGGUUCAUAAGAAAGUGUUCAUUUUUGCUGGAAAUAACCUGGGAAGUUCGUGGAGCUGGUCGUUUGCAAGAUAAAGUUGGCGGUCUUAUUUGUGCUAAUCAUCAGUCAUCAAUUGAUAUUUUAGCAAUGUUCAAUCUUUGGGAACUGAUGGAUCGGGUUACAGGAAUUGCUAAGAAGGAAAUGCUGUAUGUUAUUCCAUUCGGACCAGCUGCUUGGCUAGCUGGAUUACCUUAUAUUGAUAGACAAUCCCCAAAAUCUGGAUACCAAACACUAGACAAAUGUGCUAGAUUAAUGAAAGAACAAGAUAUUAAAAUGUUCAUCUAUCCUGAGGGAACGAGAAACAGCAAUCGUGGACUAUUACCGUUUAAGAGAGGCGCAUUUAAAACUGCAAUUAACGCGAAAGUGCCUAUAACACCUCUAAUUAUGUCACCGUACUACUUUAUAGAUUCUAAGAAGUACAUUUUUGAUAAGGGACAUGUUAUUAUAUCCGUCCUGGAUUCAAUUGAUACUGUUGACCUCAAAGAAGCAGAUACCGAUACCCUUAUGACCAACUGCCGUAAUCUUAUGCUGGAGGAGUAUGAGAAAUUAGCUCGAGAAGUAGACAAAAAUGCUGCUGAUCCAACUUGGAGCAAUAAAAAUCGACCGAGAAUUGUUUUCAAGGAUUAAUGCGACAGCUUUGUAAUUUUCAUAAUUGUAAUAAUUCUAAAAUUAACGGAAUUACGGAGUAAUUUAAGUAAAUUAUUUGCAUUGAUUGUGGCAUGGCAU